AUGUUCAAUGUGCGUGGUUUAGAUAUACGUUAUCAAGAAGUUUUGCUUCUUAUUUCAUCUUUUAAUACUGAUGUUAUCGUACUUUUAGAAACUGGAUGCAUUGAUUUAUAUGAUUAUAGACAAAUGUUUUGUGACUUUAAAAUGUUUCAACAAUCUGGUGAAAACAGUAAUGGUGGUAUUUUGAUUUUGGUUCGGAAUGGAAUUAUGGUAAAAAGAGUAGAAUGUAAGUUACCUAAUGUAUGUGUCAUUGAUGUUGAGUUAGAGGAAGAUCUUAGAAUAAUAGGUGUAUAUGCGCCUGAUAGUCGUUCAUGGAGUUGGGAGGAUCUAUCUCCUUUUGUUAAUGAUAAAAGUGUUGUAUAUGGUGAUUUCAAUGUAGAUUUAGAGCAAGAUGGUGUUAUAGCUGACAAUUUGUUGGAUUGGGCUGACUCAUUGUUUUUAUCUCCUUUUGUACCUGAUGAUCCUACUUCUCUUAGAUCUGAUAGAAAGAUUGAUUAUGCUUUUUCAAAUAUUAAUGGAAUUGAUAUUCAAACGCAUAAAAUGAAAACUACUAGUGACCAUAGUCCAGUAAUUUCAGUUCUACCUAUGAAAUGUAAGAAACAGGUUAACGGUAAAUCAAUUCAUUGGAAAGUUUAUAGUUUAUUUACAGAAUAUACAUUUCAAUUUUGGGAAAAGUGUUGGUGUUUUGAAAAUGUUGAUGUUUCCUAUAAUGAUUAUAUUCAAUUUCUUAGUCUUCUUACAGCCCGUUGUACAGUAAUUUUUCCGUUGAGCAAAUAUAGAAUUGCUAUUCCACCUUAUAUACGUUGCUCUAUGUCUUAUGUACGAGCUCUUUCUUUUCGUCAGAAGAGAACUAAAAGCUUAGAUUUAAAACGAGAAGUAUGUUACUUACGGAAAAUUAUUAAAAAUGAACUUAAAUUCUUUUUAUCCUCUCAACUGUCUUAUGCUCUGCAACUAAGACAUACAAGAUCUCCUAUAUCUGUCUCUUUUUGGUCAAAAGCUAAACGUUUUAUUAAACCAACUUCGUCCUCUCUUAAUGGUUUUAUUGUUUCUUCAGGUGCAAUUGUGAAUGAUUCUAUAGGAAUGUGUGAUAUAGCUGCUGAUUUUUAUGAAGAUUUUUUCAGAAGAUCUGAUAAUAUAGUUAGACCACAUCCUUAUGUUGAUGCACCAUUGCUAGAUUUUGAUAAUAAAGAUGAUCCUAUUCCUGAAGUAUCUUUAGAUGAAUUAUUACAGGAGGUUGAUAGUUUAAAAAAAAAAAAAUCUUUAGAUGCACAUGGUUUGAGUAAUUAUAUGUUCAAUUUCUUACAUUCAUCGCAUUGGUCAUUUCUUCUUCAUCUUUAUAAUCUUUCUUUUUCUUCAGCUGUUCUUCCUGUUGCAUGGAAAGAUACUAGAAUUUUACUUUUAGCUAAAAAAGAUUCAAUUUGUUCACCUGCAUUCACUCGUCCUAUAUCUUUAUUAGAUUGUUUUCAAAAAGUUGGUGAAAAAUUGUUUUUAUCUAGAUUUCGUGAUGUUCUAUAUAGAAGAGGUUUACUUCCUAAUAAUCAAUCGGGGUUCCGUGAAGGUUCUCCAACAGUUACGUUAUUUGUUGAUUUCAAAAGUGCGUUUGAUAUGUUAUGGCAUGAAGGUUGUGUUGGGAAAUUUCGUAAAAUGGGCAUUCCACCAUCAUUCACUAAUUGGAUCAGAGCUUGGCUUGAGAAUCGUAGAGGAUUUAUUGAAAUUAAUAGUGUAAAAUCUAGAUGGUUUGGGAUAGAAAAAGGUGGUCCCCAGGGAAGUUCCCUUACUCCUACUGUUUUUAUAUCAUAUCAUGCUGAUAUGCCUGCUUUUCUUUCGUGGUCGUCGUCACAUCUUUUUGCUGACGACUUGGCAGCUGUUGUUGCUGGUCAGAUAGGAUUGAAGUUUUCUAUUCAAUGUAUAGAUCUUGAGAAAAGACUCAAGUUAUUCUGUGAUCAACUUGAAUACUAUUGUAUUCUUACACUUCAACCGAUAAACUAUACUAAAACUGAAGCUUUAUGGAGUACACGUGCUCCUUUUUCUCCUCAAUUUGAUAUUAUACUUGGUGGUCAUACAAUUAAGAUGGGGCAAACUAAUCCAUAUGUCUAUGUUGAAAAUUAG